AUGGAGUACUUCCAAACCACUUUCAAUUCCAACACCACAUCAGUAAACGAAGCAUUGAAGAGUCUAGGAUCUCUCUUCAAGACUGAGAAGACGAAACUCCAAGAGAUUCGUACUGGUAUUAAAACUGACCAUGAAUCAUUUCAAGCCACUAUCUCGUCUCAUCUUUCUCAGCUUAAAGACGAACUGGUGAAGGACUCUCUCGCUCUCAAGUCAGAAGAAGCCAAGGUGAUAAGUACCAAACUUGAUGCUUUGGAGAAGCAGGCAGUCUUCGCCAUGCUUCACCGCCUUGAAGGUGUUUCUGAUCCAUCCUUUAAUCCGAAACAAGGGGGAGAAAGUGUGGCUGGUGGAUCAAGAAAAGAAGGUCCUAAAGCUCCUGUCAAGCCUAUUGUCAAGAACGAACCCAAAGGAACGGAAAAGCUGUUCCGUGAUGACCCAAUUCUUGAUAAUGAAGACGAAGAAGAGCCUACUGAAGAAGAACUAAAAAGGCGAAAAGUUUGUGAAGCAGAACUGGAUGAGCACCAGCGAAUCAUCCGUGAAGCUGAAUAA